AUGACUCGAGAAGCUCGCGUGAUUUGUGUUUUGAUGAACUUUACUUAUAUUGUUGCAAUUGCAGUCGGACUAGGGGCUAAGAUCGCUGAAACUGUGAAACGGAAGCUGAGCUUCGGAGCUCGGUUUCUUCAAGUACUUCGUGGAUUCGAGAAAAUAUUUAAGCAAUUAUUUCGGGUCACAGAAGGAGAGAAACUACUGAAGGCUUCCCAAUGCUAUUUAUCGACCACAGCCGGUCCUCUUGCUGGCCUUCUCUUCAUCUCCUCGGAAAAGAUUGCGUUUUGCAGCCGAAAGUCGAUCAAGGUUUCCUCGCCUAAUGGAGAAAUAAUCAGAUCCCGUUAUAAGGUUGUGAUCCCAGUAAGCAAGAUGAAGAGAGUAAACCAAAGUUUGAAUGUAAAAAAACCAUCGCAGAAGUACAUAGAAAUAGUAACAGUUGAUAACUUCGAUUUCUGGUUCAUGGGUUUCUUGAGUUACAAGAAAUCUUUCAAGUAUCUCCAACAAGCAGUUUCUCAAGCGUAG